AUGGCGGAACUGUCUCCGGUGCUGCCCUCGCACAGGGGUGGAGGGAGCCGUCUCGGGUACACGGUAUUCCCCGGCUCGGAGGGGGAGUCUGAGGCCGAGCUGUCCCUGAGCCUGGCCCGCACUAAGACCCGCUCAUACGGUAGCACGGCCAGUGUGACCACCCCCUGGGCUGAGCGCUUCAUCGAGCACACCGUCAGCCCCAGCGAUACUCUGCAGGGGAUCGCUCUGAAGUACGGAGUGACGAUGGAACAGAUUAAAAGGGCCAACAAACUGUUUUCCACAGAUUGUAUUUUCCUGAGAAAGUCACUGAACAUUCCAGUUAUAUCAGAGAAGACCUCCCUAUUUAACGGACUUAAUUUAUUGGACUCACCUGAGACUGAUUCUCAAGAAGAUAGCAAUAUUCAAGGGGAAGACAUUGUUUCUUCCCCAGCUAAGAAUGCAUCUCCACCUAGCUCUCCAGAAUCAAACCGACCCAUAGUUACACAGGAUGAAGAGCUGUCUGCCAAAGACUUCCUUCAUAGACUGGACUUGCAGAUAAAGAGGUCUACACAGGCAGCCAAAAGGCUAAAAGAAGAAGAAUACCUCAGACAUGAAGAGGAGGAGUACUAUUCGACUUCCUCCUAUCAGCAUUGA